AUGCCAGUUCUUUGUUUUAUUUGUAAUAUUAUAAUAUUGUGCGGGGAAGGGACACGUGUAUGUUCAAGCAUUACACCACACAGUUAUGUAUCAUACCCAGAAAAGAUUGGAGAACUUGUGGGAGAAGAAUUUGUUAUUAUUGUCACGGAUGCGGAUUACAUGUGCAUGAAAUGCACAUCCCUUCUCAUUAAUAUGGACAAGCUGGGAAAUAAAAUGAAACUUGCUAAAAAUGCAAUGUUAACCUUCUUACAUAAUAAAUACGGAAUAUUGCCUGCUGAUCAGCCUGAACAUUCCUCAAGUGCUGGUGGAAGUAAUGCACCAACUAAAAUAAGACAAGACCCUUCAAAUAUUAAAGAAAACAAAUGCCAUCUUUGUCCUUUCAAAUCUAAAGACCUUGGUGACUUUCGUAACCAUAUGAUGAGUUAUCAUACAGAAAAGAAAAAUAAUGAAAAACCAAAACAAACUGUGAUAAAAACAGUAACCCAGGAACAGAAACCGCAGCAGAAACAACAUAAAACCCACCAUCAGUUGAACAUCCAAACCCAACAUCAGGAACAAAAAAAAAAAAAUUAUGGAUAUCAAGAACAGACAACCGAAGUCACUUUGGAAGAAACAACAUCAGUAUUAAAACCAAACAAUAUACUAAAUUCUAUAGAGAAUCAACAGGUCGUGAUCACAAAUGAGGAUGAAAAUGAAAUCUGUGAAGUUUCUACACAAGUGACACAGGAUAUUCCUGAAAAUAUGUCUGGACAAACAGAAAUUUUGCUAGUUAACCAAGAAAUCCCUGAUGCAAACGUAGAUAUAGGUGACAUGGCAUUUGGAAGCAGUGAGACUGGAACAGACUAUAUUAACUUUGAAUCGCUGUUGACUUCCAUUCAUAAUGAUAUCGGCUCUCUCCAAAAUGAUGGCUUGAAUGCACAACAUUUUUAUAACUAA